AUGUCUGGCCAACAGUGUCUUCGCCGUUUGGCAGCUUCAUCGCCGCUAAGAUCGCAGCCGCUGCUGCGCGUUUGCUCAAGAGCCAUCCGCCUGUCCGCGUCCCCCACGACACGCAGCUACUCCGUUAUCUCGCGAGCGACUUCGUCCGGUCUGCUCAGCCAGGCCUCAAGACGACCCGGCCGAUCCUCAACACAACGCGUUGCUCUCUUCUCGCAGUCGCGAAGUUAUGCUGACACUACCGUGGUCAAGGUGCCACAAAUGGCCGAGUCCAUCACAGAGGGAACCUUGAAGCAAUGGUCAAAACAGAUCGGCGACUAUGUCGAACAGGAUGAAGAGAUUGCAACCAUCGAGACGGAUAAAAUCGAUGUAUCUGUCAACGCCCCCGAGGCCGGUACCAUCAAGGAGUUUCUCGUAAACGAGGAGGACACUGUCGAGGUUGGGCAGGACCUUGUGAAGCUCGAGCUAGGCGGCGCGCCUUCGGGCAGUGCAAAGCAGGAGGCAAAGGACGAGCCCAAGGAGCCUGCGCCGAAGGAGCAGGAGACUUCGUCUCAGCCCCAGGGCCAGCAAGAGCAGCCCAACAAGGAGAAGCCUGAGCCCAAGAAGGAGGAAUCAAAGCCUGAGCCACCAAAGCAGGAGUCCAAGCCUGCGCCCACCCAGAAGCCGUCCUCGCCCAAGGAGCAGAGGUCGAGUGAGUCCGAGCCCAAGCAAGCUGCGCCGGGUGCUCGUGAAGAGCGUCGCGUGAAGAUGAAUCGUAUGCGUCUCCGCAUUGCCGAGCGCUUGAAACAGUCGCAGAACACAGCUGCCUCCCUCACCACCUUCAACGAGGUCGAUAUGUCUUCUAUAAUGGAGUUCCGCAAGCUCUACAAGGAUGAGAUCCUCAAAAAGCAGGGCGCGAAGCUCGGCUUCAUGUCCGCCUUCUCGCGUGCCUGCAUUCUCGCCAUGAAGGAGGUUCCGGCUGUCAAUGCUUCGAUCGAAGGCCCUAACGGCGGUGACACGAUCGUUUACCGCGAUUACGUAGACAUUUCCGUGGCUGUCGCUACUGAAAAGGGCUUGGUCACACCUGUCGUCCGCAACGCCGAGUCGCUGGAUAUGGUUGGCAUCGAGAAGGCGAUUGCCGACCUCGGUAAGAAGGCCAGGGACAACAAGCUUACCAUCGAGGAUAUGGCUGGAGGUACCUUCACCAUCAGCAACGGCGGCGUUUUCGGUAGCUUGAUGGGUACACCGAUUAUCAACUUGCCCCAGACUGCUGUGCUCGGCCUGCACGCGAUCAAGGACAAGCCUGUCGCCAUCAAUGGCAAGGUGGAAAUCCGCCCGAUGAUGUACCUCGCCCUUACCUACGAUCACCGUCUACUCGAUGGUAGGGAGGCCGUUACCUUCCUUGUCAAGAUCAAGGAAUUCAUCGAGGACCCGCGGAAGAUGUUGCUUGGUUAG